AUGUUCUACGACAUCUACGGGGAAGAAGGGGGCCCCCAGGGGCCCCCAGCUACCCCGGGGGCCCCCCCGUCUCCCCCUUCUGCUGCAGCUGGGGGUAGCUUCCCUCCUAAAGAGUGUGGGGCCCCACAGGGGGGCGCUAGGGGCCCCAGGGGGGGCCCUAGGGGCCCCCGUAGACCCGCACGGGGGCGCCGCGCUAAACCCCCCUCAUCUAGCAGCCGCAGCAAAAGCAGCAGCAGCAGCAACAGCAGCAGCAGCAGCAGCAGCAGGAAGAGAGCUUUGCAAGAAGACAGCUCUCGAGAGUCUGAGGAGGCCUCCGGCAUGAGUGAAUCUUCUGCUGACAGCAGCGAGACACCUGAAUCUGGUGAAGCUUCUGAUGCAGUGCAGAGCAGCAGCAGCGAGGAGGAGGGGGCAAGCAGCAGCAAACGAAAGCGAUGGAGGCCCCCUAAGAAACUCUCAAAAGCUGCUGCAGCUGCUGCAGCAAGAGACAGGGACCCAUGGGCUGCUGCUGCUGCUGCUGCUGCUGCUGGUAAUGAGCCUUGCAGCACAGUCGAUUGGGGAGAUGCUGAGAAAGUGCAGCAGCUUAUAGAAAGAAUGGAAGCAGCAGUUCUUGCUGCAGCUGACAGCGAACCACCCGCAGCAGCAGCAGCAGCAACAGCAGCAGAGGCUGCUGAGGCGUCGCCCUCUGUUGCAAAACUCGUCUCGCAAAUAGAAAGCCUCCCAGAGCUGCAGAGACACCCCAGAAACCAACAACAGCAGCCGCAGCAGCACACUGACGAGCAGCAGCAGCAGCAGCAGCAGCAGCAGCGGCAGGGCAGCAACUGCAUCCUUCAUGAUUAUCAAAAGAAAGGAGCUGCUUGGAUUCUGCAGCGCUUUAAGGCCAGCCUUAAUUGUAUUGUCGCCGAUGAUAUGGGGUUAGGGAAGACGCUGCAGGCUCUUGCGGUGUAUCUGCACCUGCGCAAGUACGGGGGCCGCCUUUAUAAAGACAAACCCCUUCUUAUUGUCUGUCCCCUCAGCAUCAUCUCUUCUUGGGAGCGGCAUUGCACUGAAUUCUUAGGGGCAGUCAACAUCAUGCAGCAGCAGCAGCAGCAGCAGCAGCAGCGAGCUGGGCGGUGCCAGCAAGGGGCAGCAGCAGCAGCAACAGCAGCAGCAGCAACAGCAGCAAAAGGCAGCGGCGAAGCGCCUCUUCGGUUGCUCGUCUUUGUUGGCGAUGGGCCCACAAGAGCAGCAAUACGCGCACAAGUCCAGCAGCAGCAGCAGCAGCAGCAGGCGCCGUUUGAUGUGCUGCUGACGAGCUACGAAUUGGCUGCACUGGAGGCUUCCUUUCUGUCUUUCUUUCGUUUCUCUCUUUUUGUUGUUGAUGAAGCCUCACGACUUAAAAACACAAAAGGAAUAACAAGAAAGACAUUUGCUGCUGCUCUCCAUGCAGAGCACGUGCUGCUGCUAAGCGGGACCCCAAUAGAAAACUCCCUACUCGAGUUGUGCUCGCUGUUGUCUUUCCUUCACCCAUAUAUCUUUAUGGAGGCCGAAGUUCUGCAUGCAUUCUUUAGCUGCAACGCAGCAGCAGGAGGAGGCGAAGCAGCAGCAGCAGCAGCAGCUGCUGCUGCUGCUGCAGGGCCGCAGCUUAAAGAGCAGCUGCUGCAUCGCCUGGUGUGUCUCUUCGUGCUGCGGCGCACCACCAGCCAGGUGCAGCACGCGUGGAAGCUGCCGCCUUUGCGUGAGUUUGUGCUGCUGCUGCCUCUGACAGCAGCGCAGCGGCGAUUAUAUUUGUGGCUGCUGACGCGCGACGCUGGUUUGCUGCUGCAGUCUUCAGAUGCAGGAGACACCUCAACUGAACUCAUUCGCGGCAUUCGUAAUCUGAACAACCUGUACAUACACCUCAGAAAGGCCUCCAAUCACCCACUUCUCUUCGCAGACAAAUUUUUUAAUUCUGCUCCUCCUCUCUCCUCCCUCUUGCAGCAGCCAACCGCCGCAGCAGCGCUUGCUGCUGACAGCAGCAGCAGCAGCAGCAGCAGCAACGCCAACAGCAGCAACGCCAACAGCAGCAACGCUAGCAGCAGCAGCAGCAGCAGCAGCAACACUAGCAGCAGCAGCAGCAACACUAGCAGCAGCAGCAGAAGCAGCGAGCUGGAGACGCGUAUCCUCAGCGCGACAAAAGGAAUAGCUUCCCGUUUGCUGCACGUUCUGCUGCUGCUGCUUAUUCCUUUUGCUGCUGCUGCUGUUGUUGUUUGUUGCUGCUGCUGCUGCUGUUGUUUGCUGCUGCAGCAGGGCCCCGAUGAAGACGAAGCAGAGUGGAGUCCUAUGGUGUUGCUGCUAUCUAUUCUAGCGGGCGGCUACGGCCUAAACCUCGUACCCCCCAUCACCCCCACCACCACCACCCCCAGCAGCAGCAGCAGCAGCAGCAGCAGCAGCAGCAGCAGCAGCAGCAGGAGUGUGUGUCGUUGCUGCGUGUUUUUAGAAGGGGGGGGAGGUGGGAACCCCCAAGUGGAGCGUCAGGCUAUCGCUCGGCUGCAUCGGCAGGGGCAGACCCACCCUGUUGUAGCUAUUCGUCUCAUCUCGAAGCAUACUGUGGAGGAAGUUGUCUACCGGCGGGGGGCAGCGAAGCUGCGGCUGUCAGAGAGAGUGCUUGCAGCAGCAGAGUCUGCUGCUCCUGCUCCUGCUGCUGCUGCUGCUGCAGCGGGAGACAUGGGUGCAGCACGCCAACCUCUAAAGAGUCUCCAGUCCUUUGACUGUGGGGUGCUGCUGCAGCAAGAUGCUGCAAAGGGGACACCCAGAGACAAUCCGCAGCAGCAGAGGCAGCAGCUGGUGGAGUCGCUGCGGUUUGGGGCUGCUGCGCUUGCUGCAGCAGACGGUAGCAGCAGCGAGAGCAGCAGCAGCAGCAGAGACACCCUUGGGGAGGACUGCUUAGGGUCCUUUCCCAUAGAAAAAAUACUUGCGGAUGCAUUCAGCGAUGCUGGCGACCCUCAAGCUGCUGCUGCUGAUGCUGCAGCUUCUGCUGCUGCUGCUGCUGCAGCUGCAUGUCCUGAUGCUGCUGUCGCAGGCGAGCAAAGCCCUCAUGCCUCUGCCGCUUCUGUCGGUCUUGCUCCAACCACAACAGCAACAAAAGCAGCAGCAGCGACAGCAACACCAACAGCAGCAGCAACAGCAGCAGCAGCAACUGCAGCAGCAGCAGCAGCAGCAGCAGGCGAAGAGAUGCAUGCAAACGCUGAGGAAUCGAUAUACCUUUUUGAGCAGAAAGACUUUACAUCCGUUGUUAAGGGGAAAAAUCGCUGGGACGAUGCAGCAGCUCUCCACUCCCUUGCUGCUGCUGCUGCUGCUGCUGCUGCUGCUGCUGCGCCUGCUGCAGAUGACGGUGUAGAAGAGGGCAGACUGCGGGCCCCACAGGAGACAGCUGAAGAACGACGCAGGCGGCUGCAGCUGCAACGGGCGCUGCGGCUAGAGAAGAUGUGGCGGUCUCAGGGGUACAGGUCUCGCGUGCUGCGGCUGGCAGGGGAGGAGGAUCCCCGAUACUUCUCUGCAGCAGCAGCAGCAAUAGCUGCUGCUGCUGCUGAUGGUGAUGCUGCUGCUGGGUCUGCUGCUGGAAGCGCACCUGCAGCAGCAGCAGCAGCAGCAGAAGCAACAGCUGAUGGUGCGCAUCGGCAGAUCCCUGCGGAGUCUCUCUUUGUCUAUCCGCCUCUUCGAGAGGACGAGCAGCUUCUUCUUAACGAGCCAGCAGCAGCAGCAGCGCCUUACGCCAGCAGCAGCAGCAGCAGCAGCAGCAGCAGCAGCAGCAGCAGCAGCAGCAGCAGGUAUCUGCACCUGCGUGUUGGAGAUGCUUCUCAGCCGCAAUCUUUAUUCGAUGCCCCUGUGGGGCCUUCCAUCAUUUGUUUGUUUGUUGCAUGCGGCGGCAGCUGGGAGAGCAGAGGCUUCUUUAAGUCUAUUGAUAGGCUGAGUAAUAAACCUCAAAAGACAUACUUCCUUGCGCACAAGUGUGGGGACCUGCGAGAGGGCGAUGUGCAUUUGGUUGAAGUCGCGAAGAAUUUGUUUGUGGCGUUGGCUGUUUGCAUUCGAGAGAACAAACAAAGAAGAGCAGCAGCAGCAGCAGCAGCAGCAGCAAGCGGGUUCUUCGUGCGGGCCCGAAGCCUCGCGCGGUGUCUCCUCACCUUGUCUAUACACUGCAAACAGCAGCAAGCUUCGCUUCAUCUGCCUCGCUGCAGCACACCCUGCCUCUACAGUCUACCCAGCAGCAGCAGCAGCAGCAGCAGCAGCAGCAGCACGAAUGCGUUGGUAUACCGUCUCUUGCAGGAGACCUUCGCUAGGAGACAGACGCACGCCGUCACGUAUAUCUUGCAGCGGGGACAACAGCAGCAGCAGCAGCAGCAGCAGCAGCAAACCAAAGCCGCAAAUGCAAGAGAAGCAAAGCCGCAAGAGACAGAUUCAAUAGAGACGAAAAGAAAAGUAAUAUACACAAAACAAACAGCAGAGACAGAGGGCCCCUCCGCUGCAGUCGCGCAGCAGCGCAGCAACCUAAAGGUAGGCGUUCCAGCAGCAGCCAUGGCAGCAGCACAGGCUAACAGACACUUAGCAGCAGCAGCAGCAGCAGCAGCAGCAGCAGCAGCGGCAGCAGCAACAGCAGCAACAGCAGAAGCAAGGGUGGCGAUGGGGAAGCAAGGCCCCACAGGGUGGUGUGCACUGAGGAAGAAACAGCGGAUCGAAACGCAGCAGCAGCAGCAACAGCAACAGCAACAGCAACAGCAGCAGCAGCAGCAGCAAGGUGAGAGGAAGCAACAGCCCAAUGCUUUUCAAAAGGACGAGCAAACGGCGGAGCAGCAGCAGCAGCAUCACGAGGGGUGCCAGCAGCAACAGCAGAAGCAGCAGCCUGCCUCAGGAAGCGAAAGUCUACCUUCUGCAGCAGCAGCCCAUGCUGCUGCAGCUGAGCGUGCAGCGCUCCAAGAGAGCAGCAAAUAUCUCGGCGGCGACAAUGCAGCAGCAGCAACAGCAACUGCAGCAGCAGCAGCAGCAGC